UAUUACUUAAGCAUGGACUUUGUUUGCGUCUGAUGAUCUCCGACACUGUAGAAGUGACCAGAAUUACAUUGCAGUUGCAUAGUGAAAGAUACCGAACAUCGCACCAUCAUUCAACAAUCGCACAGACCGAUCUAUCAGCGCUUUCCUCCACUUCAAUUUGAUUUACUCCUGUCUCCGCCGGUAUAUUGAAAUCGAAGAUUGAAUAUAAGUAUAACCCAUGACGCGAAGAAAAAACCCAAAAAGACAUGAUGACCCCAUUGUGUCUGCGACUCCGGAUGCAGUGUCUGCUGUGUGUGGGCGCUUUUGUUCGUGGUCCGGCGGGGCAUGACCCGGUGGAAAAGCAUCGACGAACGGUCCGGUGGCUGCUGGUCGGGGUCCUGGUGUAUGCUUUCUCCGGCGUGCUGCUUGGGCUGCUCCUCCGCGCCGACUACUUUCUGUUCAACGUUCAUUUCGACCUGUUCUUCUUCGUGUGCGGGAUUUUCUUCAUGCAGCAGGAUCCGUUUUUUAGGCCCUGCCACCGGUCUUUGAGCUGUCCGCGGAGGACUCCGCGGGAGUUGAAUCACUUCCUCUGCCCCUUCACCGCGUGGUUCGGCUACUUUUUCGCUCUCGUCAUCUGCGGCUGCUGGUUCAUGUUUAACCUACAACUGGUGGUGAGCACCAUGCAGCCAGCCUACACGAACGUGUCCGAAGGGUUGACCUUCAUCAGGCUUUCUAUCGCAGAGGAGCACCAGAAGCACAAAGAACUUGAUGACGCAGAGCCCGUCAUGCAGCUUCUUCAUUACGUUGUGGUGGCGGACAACGGGGAAGAUUAUGGAACGGCUCCUGAGCAGGAUGAAAGUGAUGUUAGAACAGAGAAAAAACCGGAAGAUUCGGGGGAAGUGCGCGGUGCUGAGACCGCGGAACGACUUUCAUCUGCGAGCGCAGCAACUCUCGUGCGACAAGAAAUGCAGCACACACCAGUGAGUCAGAGUCACGAUGUUGAUGAAGUGGGGGAAAUAGUCCCCCAGACGGCCGCCGCCGAUAAAUUUCUUGGGCCAAUAGAAAGCGACCCAGCUCAGGUUGCUGAAGAAAACAGAAAUAGAAAAGAUGCAGAUGGAGUUCGCGAUGAUAAUACCGUGGGCCGUACCCCUGGAGAGCACAGCAGCGCAGAACAAGGUCAAGCUGCACAUCAAAACGCCGCAAAAACAAAAACGGCAACGCGGUGGCAAGCUGUCUAUGGCUACGAUCCCCGACUGCGAUUCGCGCACUCGGCGCAGUGGCUGGAGCGGCAUAGAAAGUCACCGGGAUGGCUGGAGGCACAGCUGCGCACAAUGAAUUUAGCCCAAAGGGAAAAGCUUGAGCAGCAUUUUGAAGACCAACAAACCGCGCUGUUCUGCUUCAUAAUUUACUUCGUCAUUCGUGGACUCUUGCAGCUUUUGACGGGCAAGUACAGCUGGACCCUCACCUUAUCAAAUGUAAAAAUGUCUGGGUCUGGAAGAAUCAUGCUGUUUUUGCAUGACACAGAAGGUCUGGCAUGGAAGCUCUAGCAUCACAGGUUUCUAGAACCUUCCGCAAUGCCGAAUCCGCAUGACAAGCCCCCUAUUUUGCUGACAAAAGGUGGGAGCUUUUGCUACGUAUGCAUGAGAGAUUUUUCUGUGUUCUGAAAUACGCAUUACAAGUUGCAUUCUUCCAGACCCAGACAUUUUUACAUUUGAUACACCUCCACUGAGUUACAGUUUGGCCUGCGCGACUUCUGGCUACCUCCCACAGACCGCCGCGGAGGUGGUCCUAUGAAUGUAGAAUUGGAAAGAGGCCGCGAGGGCAACAGGUUUUUCACGAACGCUCGGCUCCUGCACGAUUCUACUACCAACUCUCCAAUCGCUCGAAUGGUGAGCAACGCGGUGGGAACAGGAGGCGGCCUGCAACACCCUCGUCUUCCGCAAACAAACCGAAUUCUGCAUUUUCAAGGACCAGCAUUUACACUUGAGCAAGAUCAUGAGGAUAGCGCGGACGACGACGACGACGACGGUGGUAGCGAAGCGACGUUCAAAGGGGUGGGGGCACACCGCGCGGUAGAAGUUGCGUCUCCUAGUACAUAUCUUGUACAGCAGCACACAUCUCCUUCGAUGGUGUCACGACCCUCUUAUCCGCCGGGGCAGCAGACGAUGCGCGAACAAGUAGAUGCAAGAAGCGGUGCGGAAAUUAUGAAUGCGGAAGACAAAAAUGCAAUCAUGUCCGGUACUACUGGAGAAGCUGCCACAGUGAGUAGUUCUUGUGCCGGUCCACAGAAAGAGUGUGAAUCUGAUCCGGCUCUGCAAGCGCAACGACCGUCGUCUCCGCGCAGGUCGUGUUCGGAGAAAGGAGCGCAGAUGAUGUUUCUGCCCAUUGUGGACGCGCAAAAGAAGUAUGCUUUCACAUUCGCGCAGAAGCCAAUCGCAGAACCAGAAGCAGGGUCCAUUAUUAACCCAGAUGGUCCUCCUCGUCCGGCCUUCGUGCCCACGACAGAUUUGGACCUUCCCCCCGCUGAAGAUCCCGGACUACCGGUUCCGCAAGGCGGUACGAAACAGGACACGCAGCUGUCCCAUGGAACGAAAAUGGAGCCUGACCUACGUGACGCAUGGCAGCUGGAAAAGAUGGAGGGCGACGGGCCGGCUGAGGAGGUGAUUUCGACGAGAGCUACAGAAUUGGACCAGGCCAACGGAAGAUUCGGUACAACACGCUCACCAGAUAUUGAUGAUGAAGAAGUGCAAGGUACUAAUGAACUGCACGCACCUACCGCAAAAGAAGUAGUGGCUGACGUUACGGAUGGUGGCAACGCGGCUGUUCCUGUCGCCGCUCCUCCUGAAGAUGCGAUGGAAAAUGCACAAAUGAAAGCGAACAGGGAUGACGCACCUGUUGUGGAUGCAGGCGAUGAUAUCAACAGCGGCGAGCAGCAAUACCAAUGCGAACGACCCAGCAGUGCCUUAGGAGCGGGCGGGGAGCGUUUCAGAAUCCUCUCAAGGUUUCUGCAGACUCCGGCGUCAAUAGCAAGCUCACCGGCGACGCAACAAUCGCCGCACUGAUGUUGCGUAAGCACGUUUAUCGUCAUUCUCUGAAAGUGACAUUCUGCGUCGUGGCCUCUGAGUAGGCCUUUGCAUCACAGACAUCAACGUUAUCAUUCAUCAUCAGGUGGCUCAGUGACUUAGAAGCAUUAUCGCUUUACAAGACUGAUCAAUUUUCUCGAGUAGCACGCGAAAAACAAGUACCGUACGCAUUUACGUGGUUGAGCUUGAAGCAAAAACUCUCUUGGACCCGCGGAUGAGAACAAGAAGAUUUACCCAAAAUGAAAAUCAAUAAAAUUGACAUUGACGAAGAUCCCAAAAAUCGGUGUUGACCGCAAAAGAAAAUUAUUGU